CGUGCGUGUGUGUGUGGCGCGCGCGCGCGCGCGCGUGCGUUUUGUGCAACGUUACGUUAUCUACGCGUACCAACCAACGCGUAGCGCGCAGCCUCGUCAAUUCUCGUCGACAGAGAGUUCGUCGAUCGCGUUCGCGCGUUUCCUGCGGCCCGUAAAUUCGCGAUCCGCUAGCUCGACGAGUAAAACCUAGGGGGAGAACGACUCGGCAGGUAGGCCCGCGGCGAAUCGGCGCGGCCCGAGGUGGCGGUCCGGUUUUCCCCAUCGGCGCCGCGAACAGGUUGAAGGAGCGUCGUUCGGCCCCGCGCGCGCAACCUAUAUUUUUGUACUCCAUGGAAGGGCCAUGUAACCUAUGCUAAUGAAGUGUAGCAAAUGGAAGGUUUUAAGGUGAAAGAUGAACCGAUGGAUGCAUUAGCCAUAGACAGUCAGGUUAUGGUAAACUUUUGUAUGAAACAGCAGCAGGAUGAGAACAUUGUGAGCGUCGUGCUUAAGGAGGAACCAGGUGAAGCCAGAUUUGAUCCCGACUACAUGGAGGAUAUUUGCUCUGGUACUUUUGAGAAAGGCGCUCUGUUUUUGCCUAUCGAAAACAAUGAUGUGGAUUUUUCCAAUGAGAUGGUGAAGUUGGAACUGGAAGGAGAAUCAACCAGUCACCAAAACUGGUCACAAAUAGCAAAUACUAAUUUAUGUGACAAAGAGGAUGGUGUGAUGCAACGAUGUUUGACUAAUACAAAUUUCAUACAAACCCAAGAUUCUGAUAAGCAUCAUGGAUUCUGCCAAAAUGGACAACAACCGAAGUUCUAUAAAAUCCAAUGCUCAAUCUGCAAGAAAUGGUUUCUGAACAAUGAUUCCAUGGUGACACAUCUAAGGAUGCACUGUAGUGGAAAUCAAUGCGAGGUUUGUCAACAAAGUUUUUCUGACAAUUCUAGCCUGCAUGCCCACAUGUUAACUCACGUUGGAAUGAGUCCAUUAGAAUGCAACAUCUGUCAAAAAAGAUUUGCUUAUAAAUGGAGCUUAAGAAGUCACAUGCAGUUGCAUGUAUUGGAUAAACCAUAUGAUUGCGAUGCAUUGCAACAGGCUUUUAUGAAGCGAGCCGGUAUGAAUGAGCAAAUAAUACAAAUGGAGGAUAGGCCCUUCGAAUGUGAUGUCUGCCAUGUGACGUUUAAGGAGAAGAUUAACUUGAAUCGACACAUGUCCAAUCACACGAAUGCAGACAAACUCUAUAGAUGCACGGUCUGUUUCGAGGCGUUUAAGGAAAAGGCAAAACUGAAUAUGCAUUUGCCGCUGCAUGCAGGGAACAAGCAUUUCAAGUGUACGAUGUGUCAUAGAUCGUUUACCCAGAAAACUGCGCUCAAUAAUCACAUGCUGGCGCACAGUGGCGAGAAACCGCAUGCCUGUAACAUUUGCGAGAAAACGUACAAAAGAAAAUCAGAAUUGAUUAGGCAUACUAUGGUUCACACCGGUGAAAGACCAUAUGAAUGUAAAGAGUGCUUGAUGACUUUCCGAGAGAAGGCCAAACUGAAUUCUCACAUGCUGGUCCAUACGGGUGAGAAACCGCACGAAUGUCAAAUCUGUCAUAAAGCAUGUGCGAGGAAAUCGGAUUUGAACAGUCACAUGUUGUUACACACCGGCGGUCAAUACGAUUGCAAAGUUUGCGACAAGAUUUUCACCAGGAAGUCUGAUCUGAAUCGGCACACUCUAAUACAUACCGGUGAAAAACCGUUUGCGUGCAAUAUGUGCGACAUGGCGUUCCGAGAAAAGACAAGAUUAAAUUCGCACAUGAUCAUACACACAGGCGAUAAGCGGCAUGCGUGUCACAUUUGCCAGAAGACGUUCAAGGAAAAGUCGUCGUUGAGGAAACAUAUGUUAAGUCACACCGGUGACAGACCGUAUGAAUGUUACGUGUGUCAUAAAGCUUUCACGCAGAAGACCACGUUGAACAGCCACAUCCUGGUUCAUGCUGGUGAGAGACCAUUUGAAUGUAGUACUUGUCAAAAAAUAUUCAAAGACAAAGCGGCUUUGAAAAAGCACUUGUCGGUGCACGUUAAUGAAAAAACACACGAAUGUCUUAUUUGUAUGAAAAAAUUCGCCCAUAAAACAGCAUUGAAUAGUCACUUAUCCACGAAUCACAUAUCCUAACUACACGGAUCUAGUCUAUUACGGCUUUCUGUUUCUUUACAUUGAGCACCGUAUGUUUGUAGUUGUAUAGCAUAUCUCCAUAAUUACACCUGUAUCUGUUUUAUAUGCCAAUAGGUCUCAUAAAGUCGUAUUUUUUCCUGUGUAUGGACAAAUAAUAAAUUAAUUUCUAAGUAA